AAAUAACUAAAGAAUAACAUUGCCAGUUGUGAUAUACCUGCGGCCCUUAUAAUUUCGUGGAUAAUUUCCUUCGGAACGGGAUCCGGGCUAAAGUAUCUUCAGGUACGUCUGGCGGCUGUCAUUUGAUAAAAUUCUGACGCCCGAGACAGCGAUUCCUUUUUGGGUAACCGGACAUACCGAUAUGAGUAUAUAAAAUAUUCUAGCUCUUUUCAUUUAGAAAAUCGUGAAAAAGAAAUAAGAAUCAUUUAAACACGACCGACAAAAUCGAGAGAUUUUAAUCGUAAAAUUAACAAUCUUAUCUGUUGACUAACUCACUGGAAUUCCAUGGCAUUCACGCUUGUAUUAAGAUUUUAAGCACGAGGCAUCGAGCGAAGCACUUUCAUCUUCCACUUUCAUUUUCUAAAAUGAGACAAAUACGACUCUGUUCCGCUCGAUAACAGUUAUAUAUACACAAUGACAGAUUACUUUCACUCGGAUCCGUAGAUUCGUCGGAUGCUGGAGCGAGGGGCCUCUUCUGUGGUCUCCCGAAAAUUUUGCUAAACAGAAUGAGGGAAAUGACGCCGACUAACAGUGGACUGGCACGUGCUUCAUGUGAAAAUCAUCGACGGAUUUAAUCGACGGCUACUCAACCACCCCAUAUAUUUCUUGAGAGUGCCCGGAAAUCCCAGAUUUGCGCGACAAUAUUACAACGCGACAUGAUGAAUAAUCCUGGCAGGGAAAACAACCCCCCUAAAAAACCAAGGAUUGUGGACGCGGCAAACCCAUCUGAGCCGUAUUAUAAUAUAUUAGAAGAUAUAGAUAUAUCUAUGGUGUAUAACUCUGAGGAAGAGGAUGUAACGAGCGAUCUGGAUAUAGAAGAGGAAUUAAAUUCUUCUCUAACUUUAACCGCCUAUUCGGAUUGUGAAAAGGAACAGCAAGAGGAACCUCUCGUAAUAGAACCCUCUAUACCUUCCAGUUCAGCAAGUUCGUUGGGCAAUUUGGACAAGCAGAAUGUCGAGGAGGAUGUAAUGAGCGAUAUGGAUAUAGAAGAGGAAUUAAAUUCUUCUUCAACUUUAACCGCCUCAUCGGAUUGUGAAGAGGAACAGCAAGAGAAACCUCUCGUAAUAGAACCCUCUAUACCUGAGAGUUCAAUAAUAUUCUUGGACGAUCUGGACGUUAUGCAGAAUGUCGAGGUCGAAACAAGCGGAAAUCUUGACGAGCCAAAGAAUAUUGACGGACCAGAUCAUCCAUGGAACUAGAGGGCAUAUCUAUCUAAUGAUCUAUUUUUUGUGACUCACCAGUCAUGUCAUCAGUCAUGACAUACACAUAGUACACAUCGUACACAAUUUCGAAGAUUUGUACCGAGUCACAAAAGAGACUUUUCCAGCAGUCUAAGGCAAAGUCUAGCAAUUAAGA